GACUCGUUUGUCUGAGGGCUGCAGUCAGCAGAGCUCACAGUGAGCGGCGGAAGGCAGAGAGCUUAAACACGUAACGUAACCAGCAAUUGGCUCGAAAAACAAGUCUCACUUUCAAGCGACUAGGUACCUGAACGUGACUGUUAGGAGCUGAAAACCAUGUCGACUGUCUGUGAAGCGUCCUCGGGCUGCCCCAUUCCGAGCCGAGCGGUAGACGCUAAAAGCUGGUCUCCCCUGCCCGACUCUUACAGCCAGACCCCUGGAGGAACUCUCUUCUCCACCACUCCUGGAGGGACCAGAAUCAUCUAUGACAGGAAGUUUCUUCUAGAGUGCCGGAAUUCCCCAGUCGCACGGACCCCUCCAUGCUGUCUCCCUCACAUUCCAGGGGUCACUAUGCCGGCUGCACACACACUGGGCAAACUACUGGAACAAGAAGAGGACUGCAAGGACCUCCCUGCUGAAGACAGUCAGUUUGUAAUAGACAUCUGAACCUGCAAUGCAGCUCCUAUGGAGAAAUCAUCGAUCACAGCCUUUUCUACCAGCCUUUGCUCCUGAUCAGAGAGACCAGGGGUUCCCUCUUUUGUAGUGCUUCCACAUCCUUUUUUUUCUUCAUACUGAAUAACAAAGUGCACAGAUGUGGUUGACAUGUGAGGAGUGGAGAUGUAUUUUGAGUUUGGUGGAAAUUUGGGAUUGAAUAAAUGACUAACCUCUGUUAUUGUGAGGGAACACUCUGAGACCCUCCAUUCUAUGUAAAGGUAGACAAAUAUCUGUAAUUACCUUUUUGGUUGGGUUUGUUUCAGUGCAGCUUUUUUGUACUGGUUCCUCAGUAAGUUCAAGAUGGCCUGUUGGGGCAUCUACAUCAGUGCCUUGUACUGAACCUUUAGGGAAACGUUUUGUAAUGACUACUAUUCAGUUACUUGGUACAGGAUGACUGUUUUGAAUAAAACUGAAAAACGA